UAGCCAUCCAGCUAAUCUCACUUUUAUUCUCUUGGUUUAGGCGAAUGAUUAAUCGUCGUCCCAUGACUAUAUGAUGAUAUAUAUGUUGGUAGGGACAUCUGAAUAAUAGUGAAGAAACGCCAACUAUUCUGACAGUAUGGGACGACUGCUUGAUUUAAGCUUAAUUUUAGCUUCAAGAUGGCUGCACAGCUCCUGUGUAGGGGCUGUCGAGAGGAUCUGAGUAAAAUGGAGUUGGCUAUUAGAAGGUCCACAUGUUUUGAACAUCUUCAAAUACAAUACUGGAAGCGGGAAAGUCAAGGGACAUGAUGCUAACGGUGGCACAGAAAGAGGAUCUUGUGGGAUGAUUUGAACUGCCUGCUUUAGACAACAUCCAAAGCAGAUGGUGCACAUGUUCCUGGAUCCAGUCUUCACAUUCUUGUCUCAACUACAGAAUGAAGACCAUUUGGCACUAAGGGACUGAGUGAAGUUGGAAGAAUGUGGUGCUACAAAAGGACAAUUGAAGAUGUGUGAAACCUUGCUGUCGAACUCUUCACAGCCUUGUGCUGAACCAGAAUUGACUGUCCUGAGCACAUGAUGUCACACAAACAUGGCCCCCCUCGCAUCAGGGGAUUCGCUUCAGAGGCCGAUGUGAAUGGAGGAGUUGAGAUCAACUGAGGAACAACCAGGAUCUAAAGCUGAUCUUGGAACAUCCCUGAAAUCAUUUGGUCCUGAGGAGCAAGCCUGUGAAACAGUUCUGCUUUCAAGUGCUGUUUUUGGAUGACCAGAGAUCCUGUGGACAAUGAAACAACAACUUGGAUGAUUUAAUGCUAAAAUGAACAGUGUAUGUGGAAAAUAAAAGCAAUUUGAAACUUGAAACAAGUCUUGUGUUACUCUGUCAAAUCUUUGACAUAAACGAAGUGAAUAAACAUUAUGUUGGCCCGAACUGAAAAGAGGAUGAGCUACCGUGCUCUGAAUUUGAGGAACCUCACCGGAAAUGACGCUAUUGUCUUGUCUACCCAUUUCCUGUACAUUCGACGGCUGUCAAUGGCCGCGUCCCGUCACUAGCCAGUGGUAGCUUUGUUUUUUACUCCUGAGUAUUUCUCACGGGCGGCUGUAAGGUUGGACGCUUAUUUAAACGUCAUAGUGUUCCAGUUAACCUCUUCUACGAGCUAGUGGAUGACGGAAAAAGUCAUUGAAUUAAGCUAAUGGCGAUGCCGUAAAAGACGGGCGGGGCUAAAUGACCGCCAGGCGCUGUCUUGUGGACAAAACGAGCGCCCCGGUUCGCCUCCAUGAGCAGAGGGGUGAGUGCCCCACACAGAGCAGGCCUCCAGCAGACUGCAAGCUUAAGAUAAAUGGGAGAACGUGAGAUCGGGACGCCGUGUGCAGCCUCCUCUCGACCGCCUCGGACCAUCCUCUUCUCCGAUGUCUGCGCGGUGGUUACUGCCUGUGCUCUGGGCUCUGUCCGCAGAGGCCGACUUCUUCCAGUUCGACAGCAUUUCUAAUGUCUCCACUUACUAUUUUAAUUACAUUUAUUGCAACAUAUGGGAGGGGGACUGUCAGCCGAACCAGGACGAUGCUACACAGCAAGAUGUGACAGUUCCUACCAGGGACCUGUGGGCAGGUUUUCCUCAGGACUACAUCAGCCUGCUGCAUCAGUGGUACUGUAGUCUGGGCCAGUGCUGUGAGUCCGGAGACUGCAGGAUAACCAACAACAUCACAGGUCUGUCGAAGGACCUCCAGACGAAGCUCCACGGACAGCACCUGGCUCAGUCCGUGGUUCUGAAAGCCAUCCAGGGUUUCAUCAACAACCCCGAGUCCAACAAACCCCUGACUCUCUCGUUCCACGGCUGGUCUGGCACCGGCAAGAACUUUGUGGCCCGGAUCAUCGCAGAUAACCUGUAUCGCGAUGGGGUGAAGAGUGAGUGUGUCCGACUGUUCAUCGCCCCGUUCCACUUCCCACAUGCUAGACUGGUGGACACGUACAAGGGCCAGCUGAGAGAGGCCAUCCGGGACAUGGUGUUGCGCUGCCCUCAGACCCUGUUCAUCUUUGACGAGGCUGAGAAGCUUCACCCGGGCCUCAUCGAUGCCAUCAAACCCUACAUGGACCACUAUGACAACGUAGAUGGCGUCAGCUACCGCAGAGCCAUCUUCCUCUUCCUCAGUAAUAUAGGCGGAGCAACAAUCAAUGAUGUAGCGUUGGACUUCUGGCACUCCGGUCAAAAUCGAGAGGACAUCGGUAUGGAAGACCUGGAGCACCGGCUACGUGCUGAAACUAUGGAGUCUCAAGGUGGAUUUGCUCAGAGUGAGCUGAUGUCCGGCCACUUGAUCGACUUCUUUGUGCCAUUCCUGCCUCUGGAGUACCGCCACGUUAAGCUCUGUGCGCGGGACGCCUAUGCAGCGCGGGGUUUGGAGACGGAUGAAGCUACGCUGGAUGAGGUGGCCAAGGCGAUGCUAUAUGUCCCCAAAGAGGAGAGACUGUUCUCUGCCCAGGGGUGCAAGUCCAUACCCCAGCGGAUCAACUUCUUUCUCCCCUAGAAGGAGACACACACACGGACAGAGACCUGGAGGAGGUGUAAGAUCGCUUUACCAGCCCAUCUGCAUACAGAGCCACAGAGGGGAUGUGUCUACUCUGCUCUGCUCUAUGUACUCCCCACACCCGGUCCCCAAAGAUACAACAUGUGUCUGUCCAGGUCCCUCAGAGAAGGUCAGGCUGCGGGGCAGAUCCAGAGGGGAAAGAAGCACGACCCACCCUGCAGAUGUGGGACGUGCUAGACGGUCAUCGUGUGCAGCAUCGCUGCUCUACCUCACCUGCCCGCUUUGAAUCAAGACUGCGAGUUGAAGAAAACGGUGUUCGUGGUUGUGCAGUGUGUGUCACAGAGGAAUACAUUUUUAUCCAACUAUUUAUGUCUGUUCAUCUUUGCCAAAUUCUGAGUUGCACUUUUUUACGUUGAGAUAAUGUCAUACUUCAUGUGUUAGUAUUUUGCAUGUCAGGCAUUGUGCUCGUAUCGACAUUAUUUAUUUAUUUGGAGAGAGCAGUGGAGUUGUUUGAAUGCACACUGGUGCUGCUGUAAGCCAGUAGAACAUAUUGGCCAGCACUGUUGUGUGAACAGUAUGGAGGUUGUAACAGCUAACGUACAUGGUGCUGUGAUGCAAAUGUUACUUGAAAUCUUUCCCUGGAAAUGUUUUCAGAAGCAAUGAAUCUGUUUGAAAGUUAGAUUUUAUGUGUUUAAUACAUUUGAUGACUAUUAAUAAUGUAUUUUUUAUCGUCUGUAAUUUGAUUGAUUCAUAGAAACGUGUUAAAUGUCUGGAUAUCAUCUUUACUUAAUAUAUUGCUGUUAAUUUGGGGCAUAGUUCACAAAUCUAUGUUGACGCAUUGGUUUAUCUCCACAAUUCAUGCAUUCCCUUUCACAUACUCUCACACCGGUCUGAGUCGGUCUGCUUAAGUGACUCUAUAGCUCAGAGUCACAUCACAAGAAGAACAUAUGAAGAGAUGUCAGAAAUGGUUUUGAGAAAAUAAACACCCACAGUAAACCAA